AUGACUGCAUCAUCGGCCCAGCGCGGCAAGCAGUGUCUGGUAGAGUUCCUUUCAGACGGACUUACUAUUCGAGGCGUGUUACGCUUACCAAACGGAGAUGGACCAUAUCCUAUCGUUAUUCUUGCCCAUGGACUCGGCGCACUCAAGGAGUGGACAAUUCCUGAGGUAGCCGAUGCUCUUGUCGAAGCCGGAAUUGCAGGACUGUGGUUUGAUUAUCGAAACUUCGGUGAUAGUGAAGGGGAACCACGAGAGGAAGUAGCUCAUUAUGGCCGGCUCGAAGACUGGCAAAGCGCGAUCAGUUACGCUACAAGCCUGCCUGAGAUCGACUCACAAAACAUUGGCAUUUGGGGUACAAGCUUAGGGGGAAGAGAUGUUCUAGCUGUGGCCGGUAUUGAUCGACGAGUCAAGGCUGUGUUAUCACAAACGCCACUCAUCAAGUGGAUUCCUUCGGCGGCCGCCCGGAUGGCCGGGUUCGGCGACGACCUUGAUCGAUUUCAGCGAGAGCUAGCCGAAGACCGCAAGAAUAGGGCCUUAGGAAAAGAGCCCCGCUAUAUCCCGUUCGUGAAAGAUUCUGGCGACGAUGCUAAAAGAGAAUAUCUCGAAACAUUGAGUGAAGCAGAGCUUCGGAACUACAAAGCACGCCUCACUCUGCAAAGCUAUCAACCAACGGUGCUGGCCGAUGUGACACCACUCAUAGAGCUGAUAGCUCCCAUUCCCCUUCGAUUCAUCAUUGCUGAGGAUGAUUUUCUACCUGGGCAACGGGAAGCUUACAACGCGGCCAAGGAUCCCAAGUCUCUUGUCACUAUCGGAGGUCAUCAUUUCUCCCCUUACACAACCUCGAAAAGAGAGGCCAUCGUAGCAGCCAAGGAGUGGUUUGUUAAAUACUUGACCAGCAAGUAG